GUGAUCAGCGCAGUUAUGUCGGUUUCCAUCAUUAUCGGGCUCUACUAUCGAUUCAGCGGUGGUCGACAAAGUACUGCCACGGAAUACUUCUCUGCGGACAACUCGUUAGGUGUCUUACCUCUCUCGAUCGCUAUGAUGGCCUCCCAUGUAUCAGGAAUUACCAUGCUCGGAAUGAGCGGGGAAACUUACAUUCGCGGUCUGAUCGUUUCGUUGAUGUAUGCUUCCGGCAUUAUCACCGUACCGAUCAUUGCCACUUGUUAUCUACCAGUCUUCUUUGAGUUAAAAGUCGUAAGCAUCUAUGAGUAUCUCGAAAAGCGAUUUGGGUUGUACAUGCGGUUGCUCGUAAGCGCGGCUAAUUUCUCUGAGACGAUGUUACUGACCGGAGUGAUGCUGUACGCUCCUUCCUUAGCUCUCGAAGCUACCACGGGCUUGUCUAGUACUAUGAGUAUUUUGGUACUCGCUGUAAUAUGUACCUCCUAUUCCACAUUGGGUGGAAUCAAAGCGGUUUUGAUCACCGACAUCUUCCAGGGUUUGCUUAUGCUAAUUGCUCUUAUUAUCAUCGUCUUCAUCGUCACGCAAAACAUCGACGGAGGAAUCGAUACCAUUUGGCGUAUCGGACAAGAAGGAAAACGGAUAAAUUUCUCUGAAUGGACUAUAGAUCCAACUGUGCAAUACACAGUAUGGAGUACUUUAAUCGGAGGAGGAUUAAUACAUCUAGCCUAUGUUGCGGUCAAUCAGGUGCAAGUUCAACGUUUAAUGACCGUUAAAAACGUAAAAGUAGCCACGCAUGCGCUGUUUUUGUGUGGGCCAUUCAUUUUACUGGUAGGCUUUUUAACAUGCUUCACCGGAUUGUCAAUUUACACGAGCUACAAAGAUUGCGAUCCCGUAAUGUCCGAAAAAAUUUCGACCUACGACAAAAUAUUGCCUUACUUCACUGUGGAGAACUUGUCACCAGGAGUAGUUGGUCUCAUCGUUUCCGGUAUCUUCAGCGCUAGCCUAAGUACAAUUUCCGCUAUGAUGAAUUCAUUAGCCGCGGUAGCGCUCGAGGAUUAUGUGAAGCCGCUACAUCGAAAAUUUGGAAUAGAUUUUACUGACAAAAAGGCUACUUUCAUCGCUAAAGCUCUUACCGUUUUAAAUGGCGUUAUUUGCAUGUUUUUGGCAUUAAUAGCAAAGACAAUGGGCUCACUAGCAUCUGUUGCCUUCAGCAUUCAUGGCUCUAUCGGAGGGCCGAUUUUAGGUAUCUUUACUCUUGGAAUGUUCACUGAGGGCGCUAACGAGAUUGGAACUAUUAUUGGCAUGCUUACGGCGCUCAACGUUUGCUUGUGGGGCACGUUUGGACGACCUAAACCACCAAUUCCGAUGUUACCGGUGUCGAUCGAAGGUUGUGCAAAUUCGACGACAUUGAUGUUUGCUGAACAAAUGAAUUUUAACAGUACUGAGCAACCAGAUGAAUCCUACUUCUAUUUGUAUCGUAUCUCUUAUUUAUGGUAUAAUCCUAUGGGACUGACAAUUACACUAGUAGUUGGAUACGUAGCAAGUAUUAUAGUUCGACUUAUUCAAGGAGGAAAUAAUAUUGAACACGAUCCAAGUUUAUUUAUGCCACUCCUGGCUGCCAGAAUCAGACGGCGACGUCAAGACGCACAAAAAACUACGAACAGUCAACUGUUCGUUUUAGAACCCAGCCGUAUAAGAUGA